CUGCUUCGCCCUUUCUCCCGAGCGCUUCCAAAACGCCUUUUCACCCGUCGUGAACCGCGUGUGCAGCAGCAGACGGCGGGGACUUGGGUUUAGGCUCGAAAUGCUUGAGUUUGCCUUGUGCGCCUUGCGUGCAGCUCUCGGGGCAGGUGGGGGAUCCGCAUGUUUGCAUCUGCUCCUCUUGUUUGGUCUACCCUUGUCACUCUGAUAUCAAGGUGCUUCACAGCCAAAUAUGCCUCGGAAUUGCGGGUGUUUUUCUGUCCUGCUUCAUCUGUGGUUUGUUAAGCGUACGGAUAUAGAAUCAUGAGACAGCUUAUGUGGUUUCCUCUCCUUGCACACAACAAGGGACUUCAUAAAUCACCAGUGGUUAGAGGUGCUGGGUUUUUUUUUUUGGCAAGGUGGCUGUAUUUUCACAUAAAUGACUACGCUCAAGUCUUGGGGUACUUCAGGAUCUUGUUAAAUAACGUAGUGAAACAAAUGCACACAAAGCCCCAGCUUGCCUGCGUGGCUUGUGCUUGACGGCUGGAUUUCUUCCUCCUUCCCUGUUCCUUUCAGGCUCCCAAAGGUGAUUUGGCGGGUGCUCACAGGCUGCCACUACUGAGGUGUGAUCAGGAGAGUGGAAAACAAGCACGUGCAGGAGGAAAGGAGCACAGUUUGAAUUUGAAUAGCAUGGUAUUUGGUAGAUGCAGUGUGAUCACUGUUGUGUGACUUUAGCAGUUGAAUAUAUAGUAUAGGUAUAAUGCAAAGUGUUAUCACUACAUAAUUUGCUCCAUUUAAAAAUAUUUACUGUGUUUUCCCUCAUAAAAUCCUAUCAAGACAUCUGUAGUUAAAAAUAAUGACUAUAAUGGUGCAAAGCUGCGAGCAGCUUUGUCCCGUGCCACUUCUCCUGUACAAGAGGCAUCUCAAUGCGGUGUUGAGCACUAAUACCAAGACCAUUAUUGUUUGUGAGCAGAUAUUGGAGUGCGUUAGCUCCUAGCCUGCAAGAACAUCUGUUGAGCCUCUCUGAUGUGCAGCUGAUAACCAGAUCUAUUGGUUGCUCUUUCCAGGCCUCAGUGCUGAAAGCAUUUCAAGGGAAAACAGGGCUUAGCCAGCAAAAUCCCUGGCUGCUGAAUUAUACCCUAUGACCAUUGGCAUGUCAAUAUAAGAGCUUUAAGUGCUGUGGCUAAAGCUGUCUCCUGCUCCUGAGAUGAGGAAACAAAUAUAGAGAUGAACAUGUGUUUGACCUGGUUAUUUCUCUUGUAAUGUUGUUGUCUCACCUCCUUUUUCUUUCUGACUCUCUGAUACAGUUGUUAUUAUGGUUGCCAAAAUGAUCAAAACAGACUGAUCAGAAUUCAAGGGCAUCAGCAUGUUGCCGUAUCAUCUUUCCUUCCUUGAAAUCCACUGUUUGUCCCUAAAAAGCAAAAAAUACUUUUGAAUCUGCUUGCCUCAUCAAAAAAUACCAGCAUCUUCACUCUCUCGCCUUUCUUUUCUACGGAUAUAAAUAUUUAGUAUUUUUUUUUAUUAUUUUAAAAAAUCUUACAUGGAGCACUUUUUCUUGAAUAAUUUUGAUGUCACCUAAGAAGUUAGUACUUUCCAGAAGAUAUGAGAGAUCUCUCCCCACUUUUGGCUGUAGGGACAUAUCUAGGUUGGGUCAGCUAUUUGUGAACUUGGGGACGUGGUGACAGGAGCAUGAUAACAAUUGGCUUUGUAAGUCUCUUUUGGCAGCAGCACUGCUGUAAAGACUACAGGGGACACCAGCAUAGAGGAGGACGAAUUGCUGCAAUUGUAAGGAAAAAUCUGGAGAUAAAAUGAUGCUGAUUCUAAGGGAGAGAAUAUAUGAAGGAAGAGGUGGAGGAGUGUGCUGAAGAUGAGGCGACUGAAUCGGAAGAAGACCUUGAAUUUGAUGAAAGAAUUGGAUGCCUUUCCAAAGGUUCCUGAAAGCUACGUGGAGACUUCAGCGAGUGGAGGCACAGUUUCUCUGAUAGCAUUUACGACAAUAGCUUUCCUUACUAUAAUGGAGUUCACGGUGUAUCGGGACACAUGGAUGAAAUAUGAAUAUGAAGUAGACAAGGAUUUUACUAGUAAAUUAAGAAUCAAUAUUGAUAUUACAGUUGCCAUGAGGUGUCAAUAUGUGGGGGCUGAUGUUCUGGAUUUAGCAGAAACAAUGGUUGCCUCUGCAGAUGGGCUGAUCUAUGAACCUGUAGUGUUUGAUCUCAGUCCACAACAAAAGGAAUGGCAAAGGAUGCUACAGGUAAUUCAGAGUAGGCUGCAGGAAGAACAUUCUCUUCAAGAUGUGAUAUUCAAAAGUGCUUUUAAAAGUGCUUCUACAGCACAGCCUCCUCGGGAAGAUAAUUCAUUACAGUCUCCAGAUGCAUGCAGAAUUCAUGGUCAUCUCUACGUCAAUAAAGUGGCAGGGAACUUUCACAUAACUGUGGGCAAGGCAAUACCACAUCCUCGAGGUCAUGCACACUUGGCAGCCCUCGUCAGCCAUGAAUCCUAUAACUUCUCUCAUAGAAUUGAUCAUUUGUCAUUUGGAGAGCUUAUUCCAGGAAUUAUUAAUCCUUUGGAUGGAACAGAAAAAAUAGCAUCAGAUCACAACCAGAUGUUCCAAUAUUUUAUCACAGUUGUGCCAACCAAACUCCAUACGUAUAAAAUUUCAGCAGAAACUCAUCAAUUUUCAGUGACAGAAAGGGAAAGAGUAAUUAACCAUGCAGCUGGCAGUCAUGGAGUGUCAGGAAUAUUCAUGAAAUACGAUAUCAGUUCACUUAUGGUGACGGUGACAGAAGAACACAUGCCUUUUUGGCAGUUCUUAGUGAGGCUUUGUGGCAUUAUUGGGGGAAUUUUUUCAACUACAGGAAUUUUACACGGCUUUGGAAGAUUUGUAGCAGAAAUUAUUUUUUGCCGUUUCAGACUGGGCUCUUACAAAUCCACAUCGGUCCCACUUCCCGAUGGCCACACAAGCAACCACUUACCUCUAAUUACAGACAACAGUACGCAUUAGCUUCCUGAGAGAACUUUCUUCCUUCCUGCCUGAUACAGAAGACAUUUUUUAUAAUAAAGAAAACAUUGUGCAAUACGAUGAGACAGUACUGAUGGGCAGCAAAAAAAUGAAGCCUUUACAAAAAAACCCAACAAACCUACAAAACAAUUUGUGUAUUUUUUGUCUUUCUAAGUGCACAUGGAGUCAUAGGCAGUUGUGAGACCAGUGAGGUGGACUGUCUUCUGGAGGCUAAAGGAGUGUUGGUGCAAGUACAGUAUUCAUGGUUGAGCUGAACGUCUUUGUGAUGACUGCCAGUGACUGCUUAAGCAUCUCAGUGAUGUUGGUUCUGUGCCUGGGAAGGCUAGAAGACUCCAAGGAGAAAAGAGUACCACUGGGAUGCAUGGAAGUGCUGGGCAGCAGGCAAAGAGGGACAGUCAUGGCACUGGGGUUUCUUGUAGGUGUACUAACUGGGGUUUGGGUUUUCUUGUCCUUUUGUAAUGGUGGGGCUGGGGGCUACGAUGCUGUUCUUACUGGUGGGGAGUGGUCCUAGAAAAUCCUGAAGAAGGAGAUGAGAGAGGGAGUAAGGUAGAGCCCAAGCUCAUAGCCGCUGCCUUUCUGUAGUCCCACCAUUCCUUAGUGGAAGAAACGUAAUACAGAGCGGGUGAAUUCCUCUGUUUUCUCAUUGCCACUUUGCCAACAGUGAGAAUCACUUCUGGUGUUGAUGUGCAAGUGGUCAAGGACUCUCAGAAUGGGCUCCAGUGUGCACGUGUUUUUUUUACUUGGAAUAAGAAGCCUUUUAAAUAAGGCAUUUGACUAGUUCUGAUAAAAGGCAAGGAUCCCUAGCAGAAGAUAAGGACAUCUUUAUAUGCCGCUUUCUUGGUAAAGAAAUAUCUUUAGUGGAACCUCCUGUUGUACCCUUGCUGCUAGUACGUAAGCCAUGAUACGUAAAUCCUGGAGAUGGGAAGGAAAAAGCAAGAAGCUGCCUUGGUUUGGUUCAGCAAAAUACUGUGGAAAUGUGGAAUUUGGAGCAGUUGGGAAGUCUGCUGGCCCAGGCAGGGAGUGGUGGGGUUGAUAAUAGGUGACUUCAGGGAAUCUGAAUCAUUUUGCUGCAGACACAUGAUGAGAAAAGAUCUGCAGAAUUAAUCCUUAUUGUUCAUGAAGGUUUUCAUAAAAUAAAUGGAGAGCAAUAUUUGUUUUAUAUUGUAAAUAUGCUACUGAGAAUGAAUGUUAUUAAUGCAGAUGGUGCUUUGAGAUACUAAAUAUCCUCUUACUGCUGAACCACUGGCAGACACCUGUGGUUGAAAAGUUACUCCACCAGGGUAACAAAUUAGUAAUCUGAUUCCUUCCCCAGAACCAUGAUUUAAUAACGUAUUAGGAGAUGAUGUUGACCCUGGCCUUACUCACCGUGGAAUGAAUAUUAUAAUUGAGAGGGCUAAUUAUGGAAACAAAAAGAAAUCUCUGUGGCGUUGUCAGAUUUUGCUGACCUCUGUUAAUGUACUCACGAGGACACGUGGAUCUCAGUGAUGAGCACAGUGUAAAUAAUGCAUCUGAUCCACUAUGCGAAGUGAAGGGCUUCCUGAACUGAGAAAUUAUAUGAAAUAAUAAAUACAACAUGGGAAAUGAGGCAAGACCUUUGUUCAGCUCAGCGACUGAGAAGGGCAAAAGUUCAAGGAAGUCAGGUCCAUGGGGUUGGCAGCCAGGUUUAGGGGUUUCUCUUUUGUGUUUUUCUUUAACACUGAUUAAAACUCCAGCAACUGGGGAGAUUCUUUUCCUCAGUGGGCAAGAAAAUUAAAUGCUGUAAAUUUUUGGUUCCCAUUUCUCUUUGGUAUUUCCCUUUGAGGUUUCUUCUUUAUUUCUGCUCGGACUGGUUCUGCUUUGGGUUUUGUCCUAACAUUUGUUUCUUCCCUGCCUGGAACAGAUCUUGCUUGUGGGAGAUGCUGAUCUUGGUUGACUUUCUGUACCAGAACUUAAAUGUUAUUUUCUAUUCUCACAUAAAAGAGCCAAGCAGCUUGGUGUGUCUUAAAUCCUCGUGUGGCGUGGUUGUGUUGUUUGAUCUAGAGCAAAGCUUGUGUGGUGGCUGGUUGCUAAUGGAAGAAAACUUGGGAUCUACUUCCAGAUGUUAGAUGCUGCAUUGCGGGGUGAUAGGGGGUCAGCUGAACUUGUGUUGCUGUGCUGUUUCCUUUCCACAGAGGGUUUGGUUUUUGCAGCUUGUACCACUCACCCUUGUACUACUCGUUGUCAUUAGCACGUGCUGGGGGUGUUGCAGACAAAAUAGUCCUUUAUUACAGUGACUUUUUUUGGUCAUGUUUAUUACAUUAUGGGCAAAACACAAGUAUAGUAUGGAAAAAUGAAAAGAAUGGGUGUCCCAAGGGAAUUAGAAACCCUGAUGUGUGUGAUGUAUAUUUUCUGAAAGGAGGAUAGUGGGUGAAAAAUAUUUUUCUAUAUCAGGAAGCAUGGUCAAAAUGAUGUAUUUUUGUCUUUGGCUCCUACAUAGUGUUGGAGAGAAGACAGAAAUUUAUAACCUUCAUGAGGUGUGUUCAUAGUGUGCCAUUUGCAGACUACUCUGGCUCCCUGGUUUCCCUCAACUAUCUUUUUGGGCAAGAAGUCUUCCUCACUUCCAGCUGGCAUGGCUUGGACUUUUCUCUGCUGCUGCUGUGCUCUCACAGGGCGUAGGCUGUGUUAGCAGGAGCACUCUUGCCUUGACUGCCUCGGAGACCUGGAGCACUGUGCCGGGAUGUGGCUGUCCCUUGGGCUCCACUUCAGUGCCACAGAAAGCCAGCCCUGGCCACAGGAGGUGGGGAGUGGAUGGAAGCGGAUAUUUGUCAACUUACUCUGUUUCUAGGGCCCACCUGUAUUUUUUAACAGGACAGAGCCCCUUCGGCCUUGCUGCCUGCGAGCCAAAAUCGCACAGCGUUGACAAGAAGUCAGUGUAAAAUCUCCAAGUUAAGAUGAUGCACUUCAUUACGGCACUCUGGAUGUAUUUUACAGAAUAUUUCUAUGUAGAGAGAAAAUGGUGAGGAUAUAGGCAGCCCCGGCACCUGCAGGAGAUCAGUAAGGGCAUUUGGCCGCUUUGCGAUACAGGAGAAGGUGGACAGGGGAGGCUGGGCAGAGCAGGAACAAGUUCUGUGGAGGAAACAGCAAAAAAUAAGGGCCGAGUGAAAACUGAAGAUAUGAUCAAAUCCCAGAGCUGUGAAAGAAUUCUCAGAGGGGAAAAUUGAUCACAAUUUGACAUAAGGAGUAAAUUGAUGUAGUUUAUCAUGGUGCUGUCUCAUAGCUGAGUGCUGCGCCGGGCCUUUGAGUUGUGUGAGAUGUGCAGUGGCAGCGUAGGUGAGCGGCUUGACAGGGGAGGCCCUGGAAGUCAAGACUGUGACAGAUCGUACUGUAUGGCGUGGUUAAUGUCCUCAUGCCAUCUUCCUUACCUCCUUCUCUGGUGAGUAUAUAAGUGCCUCUUGGAGGGCAGGCCAUGAGAAGAAAGUGAAGUGGGUGUAUGAAUGGAAAUUUCCCUAUUUCAGGCUAUUUUCAUUCUUCCUGAUUUUUCUAGCAAAUGCUUUGAGGCUUUCACUGGCAGAGGUGGAAGAAGAAAUGCGUGUGUGUCUGCAGCAGGAGAGGGACCGAGUUAACCGACACUCUUGUUGAAAAGCAAACCCAAGGUGCUCUUCACUUCCCUGAAAUUCUCGUCUUAGAAACAGGUGAGCAAUUUGAAAGAAAGUCCAGCUUUUUCCACCCCAAAAUUCACCACGGGGGACCUGCAUUGCGGGUGCGGUGCCCAGCCUUUCUCUGUGGCUGCUGGCCCUGCCCUGGGUACCUGUUUGUGUCUGUGGGGUCGUCGAGGGAGUUGUACUGGUGGAGUUGGUCCUGUGUGGAGCUGGGCAAGGACUCUCCCUCCUCCGCUUUGCCCUGCCUGACGUUCUCUUCUUGUUUUCAGGGACUGUUUUGACAAACUGAGCCCUAGGCAGUCGCUGUAGUUGCUUAGGAAUAGUCAGAGGCUGAGAUAUAUUUGGUAUAAAUGCAGCUGUGAUUAACUGUAGAGACAAAACCAAGGACAGGGAGGCAGGUUUUGCCUUGUCAUUUUGCUAUUUAAUUCUCUGUGUGAAGCUCCGGUACUAAGGGUGUCUGGUACAACCUGUUACUGAUGUAGUAACAUUGAAGUAGGAGGGAUUCGGUCAUCUUGAUCACAUCUGUGGUGGCAUUGAUGAUGCUAAAACUCCCUGCUGGUUUUGCAACGCAAGAAACUCCUCUGUUUCUUCAGAGGUAACCAAGCACCACAGCCUUUUUCUGGGAGAGUAGGAAAUGAGAACAGCUUGUUUGAGGAUACUUGCAAUUACUUCUGUCUUUAAAAGGCACUAUAGAACAUGGGGGUAUUGGAAGAUGCAUCUCAUAUAUACGUUGCUUGUUUGGAGUGGUGCUUAGUUGCAAAGUUGCUUCGUGUAAAGACACUUACUUGCAUUAACUGAGUGUUGGUAGAAGAAAUGUCUUGUAUUUGCCCUUGGCAGUGGCCUCUUUAGAGAAAAUGUCCUUGCCUGCAUACACAGUUGAUGUGUAGCAAUUAAUGCUUUCUUAAGGGACUGCCUGCUGCCUUUGGUGCCUCAGCAAAGUUUGGCAUUGUAGGUCUGCAUCUUCUGCCCUUGCGCACCUCACUAGAGCACUGGCAUGCCUUUCAGCUGCUUGGGUUGAAAUGAUUCGAAGUGCUUCAUCUUUUCCUUCUGCCAUGGCUUAGUGUCUUUUCCAAAGCAUUUCUGGUUGCUGCAGAAUGGCAGCAUGGCAGUAUCAUCUUUUCCUGUUUACCAGAAGACUUUUCUGGGGCUGGCCCAUAGAUUCAUUAAAGCAGAAGCCUUUAAAGCUGGCUGGUGUAGUGUGAUUACUAGGGGGGAGAGCCGAAGGCAUGCUCUAUGAAUGUGAGCCUUUCCUUGGCUUUGAUACACCAAAAUUCAAUCAAAAUAUCAUUGUGGCUUGUUUUCUUUUCUUGUUUGUUUUGUGUAUAUAUAUAAAAAUGUUCAGAGUCCCAACACCAGCAACUGAGGUAUGAAAAUCAGAGAGCUGGACUGGGUUAAGGCCCAGGCAAUUGCAGAUGCUGGGCAGGCUCUGGGUGAGCAGAGCACUUCCAGGCUGUUGUGCCCAGCUCCCUGCCUGCACCAGGAGCCGUUGUGGUGGUGUUUGAGCAAGGGCUCUGUGCUCUCCUGCCGAGACAAAAAGCUGUUCCCCAGGGAGCCCUGUGGGCAAAGCAAACUUAGUGGUGGCUUUCUGGAGCUGGGCUGUGGGAACACAGCACCUGGGUCUGCAGGAACUUCUACCGGAGCCUUUGCCCUGAGGCUUUCCCUACAGGGCAGAGAAUGGUGGGUCUUAGGGUGAAACUUUUGACGUGGGUAUUUGUUUUUCAGCAAUGAUGGGGCAACUGAGUAGCAACAGCAGUUUUGAGCUCUAGAAUCAUAGAAUCACUAGGUUGGAAAGGACUUACUGGAUCAUCGAGUCCAACCAUUCCUAACAAUCCCUAAACCAUUGCCCCUCAGCACCUCAUCCACCCAUCCCUUAAACACCUCCAGGGAAGGUGACUCAACCCCCUCCCUGGGCAACCUGUUCCAGUGCCCAAUGACCCUUUCUGUGAAAAAAUUUUCCUGAUGUCCAGCCUGAACCUCCCCUGGCAGAGCUUGAGGCCGUUCCCCCUUGUCCUGUCCCCUGUCACUUGGGAGAAGAGGCCAGCUCCCUCCUCUCCACAACCUCCUUUCAGGUAGUUGUAGAGAGCAAUAAGGUCUCCCCUCAGCCUCCUCUUCUCCAGGCUAAACAACCGCAGCUCUCUCAGCCGCUCCUCAUAAGACUUGUUCUCCAGCCCCCUCACCAGCUUUGUUGCUCUUCUCUGGACACGCUCCAGAGCCUCAACAUCCUUCUUGUGUUGAGGGGCCCAGAACUGAACACAGUAUUAAAGGUGCGGUCUCACCAGUGCUGAGUACAGAGGGAGAAUAACCCCCCUGGACCUGCUGGUGACGCUGUUUCUGAUACAAGCCAAGAUGCCAUUGGCCUUCUUGGCCACCUGGGCACACUGCUGGCUCAUGUUCAGUCGGCAGUCAACCAACACCCCCAGGUCCUUCUCCUCCAGGCAGCUUUCUGGGCCACUCUUCCCCCAGUCUGUAGCACUGCACAGGGUUGUUGUGCCCCAAGUGCAGGACCCGGCAUUUGGCCUUGUUAAACCUCAUCCCAUUGGUCUCAGCCCAUCGGUCCAGCCUGUUCAGAUCCCUUUGUAGAGCCUCCCUACCCUCCAGCAGAUCGACACUCCACCCAGCUUAGUGUCAUCUGCAAACUUACUUAGGGUGCGUUCGAUCCCCUCAUUUUGCUUUUAUUGAUGCAUUUCAGAAUGUUAGAAUUCCUCUUGGCCUUGAUGUUUCCUUCUUUAUAUUUAUAGAGUGCUUUACAUACCUGUUUACUGCAUUGUAUCCUGUUGAAGCAUCGUAUAGGGUUUUGUUGCAAUACUUCUGUAAAUACUACAGUUUUACUCCUUGUGACAAUUUAAAUCUUGUUUAAAAUCUUGUUAAAUCUGAUCCAAGCCAAGAUGCUAUUGGCCUUCUUGGCCACCUGGGCACACUGCUGGCUCAUGUUCAGUUGGCUGUCAACCAACACCCCCAAGUCCUUCUCUUCUAAAUAGCUUUGUUCUACUGAGGUCUUGGCGAUGCCUGUGUUGAAGGGGAGCAACACCAGACAAAGCUGACAUGGUCUAAACUCAAAGGGCUUUUAAACUAAAACUCAAAGUUUGUCCAGGAUAAAACCUUUAAGUGGAAAAACACGGAUAGGUGAGGUUGAGCAGAACUAAAAAUAGCUGGUGAUGAGCUUCCCUGUCUGUGGGCCCUCAUCUCUAGGCCAAGAUUUGUGCGAGCUGGUGGCUUUCCCAUCUCCCCUAGGAAGAACUAUCCCUGCUCCUCUCCAGGGCCAAGGCCACCAGCAUCCCCUCAGCAGGAGCUUUCCCUUGCACCCAUCUGUGCACCUCUGCCACGCAGUCAUGAGUUGUGCCAAAGAGUGACGUGUCUCGCAGAGCUCCCAGCUGGGGUAUGACAAGUGCUGGAAGUUUUCAGGGGCAGCACCAUGCGGUCCCAUAUGUCUCUGGCGAUGGUUUUAUUUUUUUUCCAGCUCCAGACUCUUCCAGCAGGACUGAUUGCCGUGCACCAGCUCACUGCUGGCCCAGAGCAGGCUGUGCUCCUGCAAAGCCCAGGAGUUUGUGUCCCUUAGCCGUAAUAACUGUAAAACCAGGGAUGGGAAUGCUUUUGGGUUUUUGUUUCCUUGCAAGUUUUCCUGGAAUUAGAAAUGACAAAGUGGGAGCGUGUGUUGUCAUGAGAUGUAGUUGCAGAGAGCUCAGCACAUGCUAUUAUUUUAGAGGAGAAAAAGAAGGGGAAGCGAGUUUUGACACAUGGAUAAUAUUUGAGAAGCACUGUUUACCAAAGUUCAAUUACCCCGCUGGUAGGUAGUCAUUAAAAGCGAGUGUGAAGAACUGUGGCAUUUAAAGCCAACGCAGCUGCCGAGCAGGGUCAGGCUGCCCUGGCCUCGGGCUCUCUGCCCAUUAGGGGCUGCUGUUGCUCUGCUUCACCCCAGAGCGUGGGCUCCAGUGGGAGCCUUCUCUUAAAGUUUAGAAAUUUACUUCUCAAAUGUUGAACUUCUUCUGAGUAGCAGGAAACUCAUCAAGCUUCUGUGCAUGCAAUUUAAUGGCAUCCUUUGAGCUUUGCCUAAAGCUGACAGUGUUAGACUAAUGCAAGAGUUGUUGCCAUAGCAGUCUGUGGAACCAUGUGGAGAGGGGAAAUGUCUUCCUUUACAUGACCGGCAUCACUGCAGGGGCAGCGGGCAGCCUCGUGGUCCUCCAUUAGCAACACUCAGAGAACCUGGCUGGGGUGGAGAAGGGCUCAGUGCCAUUCCCUGGGUGGUUUCCCCAUGGAGAGGAAGGCUGAGGGGCAUGUCUGAGCCCUGGUGGCUUAUUCCAACAUCUGAGGUGGUCUCGCUUAGUCCUGGAAGAUGAACCACAGGUGCAAAUACAGCACACUUGAGUCGGUGCCCACUUAGUCAAGCCCCAAGACAUCAGCCCAACUCUCUUCCCACGCAGCAGAGCGCUGAGUUUCAGAGCAGUGGGCUUCAAAAUAGCAAAUGGAAUUUUGUCUGCGUUCAUCAAGAAAUGCUUAUGAUAUUGCAAGAAAAUCGCUAGUGGAUAAAACUGGCUUCCCCAUAUGUUUGUGUUUCUUUCCUGCUGAGGAACGCUGAGCAGGAGCCACCCCAGGCCUCAAGCAGGGCCCUGGGCUGGGGUGCUCACGGGGCAGGCAGUGACGGCGCAGGAAAAGCAAGAGCCAUCUCACAGCCCUGGCGAUCACCACCACAAUGGUGCUGGGAUGGCAGAGCAGUUGGUGUUUGCUGGGCAGCCCUGCUCGCCUCCCCUCCCCUCCUCGCCGUCCUUCAGAAGGAAGGAUGAGCUGUGAGCUCUCCAGGCGCUGUACAGUCACGCUUUUCUCCCUGCUGGAACAGCCUGGCAGGGCUGGCGGCACUCUGGGCUGUUGAGCACUGCCACACUGCCAGCCUUUCUUUCUUUUCCUCUUUCUUCCCUCCUACCCCCGACUGCAAAAUGGUUUCUGUGCUUCCCAGCUGGAUGGGAGUGGGGUCAAAGCUCCCUGCAGCGAACAGGCUUACCCUCUCCCGGGAGGCAGCACAGAAGUGUGGCAAGGGAGAAGCACCGCAAAGGCAGAUAAAUAAGUGCUGUGGAAAAGGAAGAACACUGGGAUUGUUGCAGAAGAAAAUUUUAUUUUCUUUCCCUUUUUCUAUCCACUUUGGCUUUUCAGGUCAUUGACGCUAAAGGGCUGCGGUAGAAGUGAAGCAAGUAAUUACAUACGCUAGAGAUGAAACAUGGAUUUUUAUUUUUUUUUUAAGUCUCUUCUCACUAAUUAGUGACAGCCUUUGUAGGGACUGACGGCAGGGCUUAACGAGCCUGCUAGUAUCCCUGCUGCCUUCUCAGGCCAUGAGAAAAGCAAAGCAACAUAGAAGGAAAAAAAAAACCAACAACAAACACAAAAGGCCUUAACUUGCUUUUAUGUUCAUUUUGAACUUAGCAGAAUCAUAUUAGGCUGAUUUUAAAAAAUUUUUGGGGUUGUUUGUUUUUUCUUUGUUGACCUAUGAAUGUACUGUAAUUUUAAAUAACCUUAAAAAAAUCAUUCCAGUUUGCUGCUCUGUGCAAAUCAAUGAUGUCAGCAUAAGGUCACUGCAAGGAAAAAGAGGUUUUCACAAUUUGAUCAUUCUUGUAAUUUUGUAACUUAAUGGAAAAGGACCCA